GGCAUAUCCAUCCCCACAUGCAUAUGUCCAGUACCUGAUAACUAAGCGCUCGAUAUGCUACGUACUAUGAGGGAGUCGGCGUCUCCAAUCCGCGACCCAGCAUUCCGGGAACAGGGGACGCUUCUCCCUCACAGAACCUCAUCCUUGGCGAUGCAUGAAUAUCGGUCUUCCAAGACUUCUCUGCUUUUCUAUAAUAGCUAUCUCUGCUAUACCUACGUUUGGUGUUCCCGCGGCCACGGACGAUUGCCCCCCCGGCCAGACAGCAUCGGCCUUCUCAUUCCUUCCAUCCCCGGUCGCCGGCCGAAGCGCGCCCUGCCCAAGCGCCAAGGAGAUCACCCGGGUACUAGCAUGUGCGCGCAAAUACCAAACAGAUACUAGGUACGUGGCGCCGUUAGACUUGAUCGACGCCGACGUCUGCCUAGAACCGCGAAUACGAAUACAAGCCUGCGUAAGGCUGCCAGCGCGGCAGAUCAUCCCUUACACAUGCGUCAGGGAAUCAGGGAAACCUCCCGACCUUCGGGAGAAAUAAUAGGAAACGAAGCGAGCUAGCACGGAUUCUCGCGCUGCGCAAAGCCGUCGCGUAGGGAAAAGGAAUAAAAAACGAACAUCAUCGCUUCAUACCAUAAACCUAUCUAAGGCUACGUCAAGC